ACUGGGGACCUUGAGUCAUACAGGAGAUACUGUAAAGCAGAGAAAAACAGACACCCUUAUCCUGAAAGGGGAGGGUAGAUCCCGAUGGCCCCUCCCCUUGCAACAUAUAAGAAAACUAUAUAUUUUCGCAAGAAAAUAAUAUAUACCUCUCCCCUCUCUAGGCCCUGUUGGAUCCUAGUGUCUUUUAUGGAGCUUUGAAUGUUAAAAAGUAAGGAGCAAGGAAGAGCCUGAGAAUGAGGCAACACUAGAGUCCCACCCACCCCUUCCUGAUCUAUGGGGGAGGUCGCGCUGCGUACCGCUUUUUGUGCGGGCUUCCCCGGACCUAGUCCUGGGCAGUUGGGGGUUGCAUCCCCGAGGUGGGACCCACCGCGGGCCGGGCUGCGUGCUAGGGGACCCCUGGACCUCCCCGGCUCCGAUUCCUGCGUCCCCACCUGCUCGGCAUCCCCCUCCCCGGUGCUGCGGCUGGCGCGCGCCCCGCCUGACGCUGCAGCUGGGCCGGCGACUCGCCAUUGGAUUAAAAAUAGCAGCGCCCGCCCGCCAGCCCGCCCGCCGGGGCAGGGGCCGAGCCUCCCCAGCUGGAGUCGAUCCUCAACCGGAGCGGAUCUCCAGCCUCUGCGCCCGGGGCCGGCUCUCCCGCUGCGCCGCGCUUCUUCCCAGGCCCGCUGCGCUCCGCGGCCAUGCAGCGCCGGGGCGCCCUGUUCAGCGUGCCGGGCGGCGGCAGGAAGAUGGCUACAGGGGACCUGGGCGAGCUACUGGUGCCGCACAUGCCCACGAUCCGCGUGCCCAGGUCGGGGGACCGCGUCUACAAGAACGAGUGCGCCUUCUCCUACGACUCCCCGAACUCUGAAGGUGGACUCUAUAUAUGCAUGAAUACAUUUUUGGCCUUUGGAAGGGAGCACGUUGAAAGGCAUUUUCGAAAAACUGGACAGAGUGUGUACAUGCACCUGAAAAGGCACAUGCGAGAGGUAAGAGCAGCAUCAGCUGGAGCCUUACCCAAAAGGAGGAAUUCCAAGUUAUUUUUAGAUCUAGAUUUGGAUGACGAUUUAAAUAGUGAUGAUUAUGAAUAUGAAGAUGAAGCCAAACUUGUUAUAUUCCCAGACCAUUAUGAAAUAGCCCUUCCAAACAUCGAGGAGUUGCCAGCCUUGGUAACAAUUGCAUGUGAUGCAGUGCUCAGCUCAAAGUCGCCUUAUAGGAAGCAGGAUCCAGACACGUGGGAGAAUGAACUGCCAGUAUCGAAGUAUGCCAGCAAUCUGGCCCAGCUGGACAACGGGGUCAGGAUUCCUCCCAGUGGCUGGAAGUGUGCCCGGUGUGACCUGCGGGAGAACCUCUGGCUGAAUCUGACUGACGGCUCUGUUCUGUGUGGGAAGUGGUUUUUUGACAGCUCAGGGGGCAAUGGCCAUGCACUGGAGCAUUACAGAGACAUGGGCUAUCCUCUGGCCGUGAAGCUGGGCACCAUCACACCCGAUGGGGCAGAUGUUUAUUCUUUUCAAGAAGAGGGACCUGUUUUGGAUCCUCAUUUGGCCAAACACUUAGCACACUUCGGGAUCGACAUGCUUCAUGCGAACGGGACAGAGAAUGGGCUCCGGGACAAUGACAUCAAGCCAAGAGUCAGCGAGUGGGAAGUGAUCCAAGAGUCAGGGACUAAGCUGAAGCCGAUGUAUGGACCAGGGUACACGGGCCUGAAGAACCUGGGGAACAGUUGCUACCUCAGCUCUGUCAUGCAGGCCAUCUUCAGCAUCCCAGAGUUCCAGAGAGCGUACGUAGGAAACCUCCCAAGGAUAUUUGACUACUCGCCAUUAGAUCCAACGCAGGACUUCAACACCCAGAUGACUAAGUUGGGGCAUGGCCUCCUCUCUGGCCAGUACUCGAAGCCUCCCGUGAAAUCCGAGCUCAUUGAGCAGGUGAUGAAGGAGGAACACAAGCCUCAGCAGAACGGGAUCUCUCCACGCAUGUUCAAGGCCUUUGUCAGCAAGAGCCACCCAGAAUUCUCCUCUAACAGACAGCAAGAUGCCCAGGAGUUUUUCUUGCAUUUGGUCAAUCUAGUGGAGAGGAAUCGAAUUGGCUCAGAAAACCCAAGUGAUGUCUUCCGGUUUCUGGUGGAGGAACGCAUUCAGUGUUGUCAGACCCGAAAGGUCCGCUACACAGAGCGGGUGGACUAUCUGAUGCAGCUACCUGUGGCCAUGGAGGCAGCAACCAACAAAGAUGAGCUGAUCGCCUAUGAACUGAUGAGAAGGGAAGCAGAAGCAAACCGAAGACCCCUUCCUGAGCUGGUGCGAGCCAAGAUACCAUUCAGUGCCUGCCUUCAGGCCUUUGCUGAACCAGACAAUGUGGACGACUUCUGGAGCAGUGCCCUGCAGGCCAAGUCUGCAGGGGUGAAAACAUCUCGCUUUGCCUCAUUCCCCGAAUACUUGGUAGUGCAGAUAAAGAAGUUCACUUUUGGUCUUGACUGGGUUCCCAGAAAAUUUGAUGUUUCUAUUGAUAUGCCAGACCUACUAGAUAUCAGCCAUCUCAGAGCCAGGGGCUUACAGCCAGGAGAAGAGGAACUUCCAGACAUCAGUCCCCCUAUAGUCAUUCCUGAUGACUCCAAAGAUCGCCUGAUGAACCAGUUGAUAGACCCCUCAGACAUCGAUGAAUCCUCUGUGAUGCAGCUGGCAGAGAUGGGCUUCCCUUUGGAAGCCUGCCGGAAGGCUGUGUACUUCACUGGAAACACUGGAGCUGAGGUGGCCUUCAACUGGAUUAUCGUGCACAUGGAGGAACCUGAUUUUGCUGAACCACUGGCGAUACCUGGGUAUGGAGGGGCUGGAGCCUCUGUCUUUGGUGCUACUGGACUGGACAACCAACCUCCUGAGGAAAGCGUAGCUAUCAUCACCUCCAUGGGAUUUCAGCGCAAUCAGGCAGUGCAAGCCCUCCGAGCAACGAAUCAUAACCUGGAAAGGGCACUGGACUGGAUCUUCAGCCACCCGGAGUUUGAAGAGGACAGCAACUUUGUGAUUGAGAUGGAGAACAAUGCCAAUGCAAACAUCAUGUCUGAGGCCAAGCCUGAAGGGCCCCGAGUCAAGGAUGGAUCUGGAAUGUACGAGUUAUUUGCAUUCAUCAGUCACAUGGGGACAUCUACAAUGAGUGGCCAUUAUGUCUGCCAUAUCAAAAAGGAGGGACGAUGGGUGAUCUACAAUGACCACAGAGUUUGUGCCUCAGAAAGGCCCCCUAAAGACCUGGGAUAUAUGUACUUUUACCGUAGGAUACCAAGCUAAGCCUCACAAGAGUUGGCGAGAAGAAGCCAUACAUCUUUUUAAUUUGCCAAAAAAGAAAAAAAAAAAAAGAAAACAGAAAAGUAAAGGAAAAAAGUUGGGACAGCUGGACAUAGAGGACUACAUGGCUAGUUAUUGCCUCUUCCAAGAGCCUGGUCACUCAACUCGACGCCUCCUGGAGAAGAACGGGAAGACAUUUAUUUCUAUUGGUGGCAAUACUCUGCUGUAGGGAAUUUUGUAACUGUUCAGGGAGCGGAUGAUGUAAGCAAAGACAUGGCCACCAGCACAUCAGAUACAGAGUGUCCUUCUCUCUCUUUUCCACUUUGGGGGUCAGUGGUGAGGCCUCUCCUACAGAGGAAAAAUGCCCCUAAAUGGGAAAUCAAAACCUGGGCUGGUUUUUAUUUGUAGCAUCAUGUUUUCAUUUCCCACAAUAAUUUCUGACCUAGCUAUGUGUACUAGGACAUCUACAAUGGAAGCUGUUUUUAAUUUAAAUCAUAUCAGACUUAAUAAUCCACUGUAUGAAUGUGUGUGAGAGUGUAUGUGUGGCCUUUGUAGUCCGCUGGAAAUCUGAUGGGUUGGUGUUCAAAGGCCCAAUAGUUGCUGUUAAGCAUAUUUGGAAAAGGCAGGCAAACAUUUUAACAAACCUAUAACUCAGGAACAAUUGUUAAAAAUUAGUUCCCCACCUGGAUUUUAAGGGAGUACAAAGGGCUGUGCUGUGGCCUCUAAGUGCUUUCUGGUAUUCAUGUGGGUUUGUGCCAGUUGAUAUCAAUGCCAGGUGCCCAAGUCUUGUCCUAUUGUGCUUUGCCAAAGGCAGAUGGCUUCUCUUCCUCAGCAGCGUAUUCCCUCAAAGCUUUGUGUUUAUUUGUAGCUAGGUCAGUGGUCUCCUAAGCCUUGUGCUUAGUCCCUGGAAUCAUGUUAAAUGCCGUUGGUUUGUCUGAUUUUCUGAACUUUCUCAUGUUUUCGCUUCUCUGCUUCUCUGGGCCCAGCCUCACCUCUGCCCUUGCUGCCUAUCUGCUGUGACCCCAAGUGUGACCUUGGGCACUUUAGGAUGUGAGCUGCAGAGGCGCUUCUGUAACAUCUGGACAGCUGUCCUUUCUAGCUGUUCAUCUCAGUGUCUUAGCUGCAGCCUGAGAUCAGAGCAGAGUUCUGGGUGUGUGAUGGAGAGGAAUGAGCUCGCUGUCAUGUCCUUACUGCUUUUCACCAAAUUCCUGUCCCUGAAGUUUCUAGUUCAGACUAGUUGAUCAAGUGAAAAAGGAUUUAUUGCUGUCUGCUUACUUGUUUGAUUGGAAAGAUCUUUCUAGAAACUGCAGGAAAAUAAAGAAGUAAAACUAACUGGGCUGAGUAAAGCAGAGGCAUAGGACUCGGAUGUGGUGAGUUUGAACAGUCAGGGUUCUGUUAAGCCAGGGUCCUUGUCUGAAGGAAGGUCAUGUGUCCUGCAAGCCCGGGCUGUGGAACUGGGGCCAGAGGCCUGGAAACCUGGGUGCUGCCUCAACUGGCUGUGGGCCUUGGCCAACCCUUCCUUUUACCUGUGCCUCACUCCUCAUCUGCAUGGUGGUGAGGUGGCGCGUCUCCUGUUUCUAGCAGGCUUUGACCAGCGAGGAACCUUCACAGAGCGCAGAAGGUGGAGCAUGGUAGGUGCCAGGAGAGUACGAUCCCUGCCUCCUCGACUAGCUGAUGCUUUUACCCUCUGGUAACAAAGGACAUGGCGGGAGGGAGUGCAUGAUGCAGUCGUUCUCUACCACACUGUCCCACUGAUCCCUCGAGGCUUGGCUCUGAGAUCCCGAGUCUGCUAUGUGUGUCCCUGACCAGCCUGCCCCCUCACCCCACCCCCGUGGGAAUUCCCACACGAAGCAGCCUUACAAAACCCACUCCCUAUAGGGCCACAUGUCAUGGAAUAAUGACUCUGAACACACCUUACUGGUGGCUGGUUUGCAGUGUUACAAAGCAAAGGCCUUUUGUGGGGGUAGGGGGCUCUUUGGAGGUUUGAAUUCAAAUGUGGUCAAAGAUAGCAUGUAUAUUUUGAACAAAAUAAAAAUUUUAUAAAAACUUUGCAAUAUCAAUGGUGUAAAAAUCUGCAUUAAAGAUUUCAGGUUAUAAACCCCUUAAUUUCAUUAGGUAGACUAAGCAAAUUAGCCCUUCCGAUACCGAGACAUACUUGAAGAAAGUGUAUUAUGGCCGCCUCCGCCCCUGCCUCACGAACACAAGGGCUAUUUCCUGGCAAGGUUUUGUAUAUGCGCUAUUCAUUCAUAGUAGGAGCUGGCCGCACCGGAAUGAGCAGUGGCUUUCUUGUUAGAAAUGUGCUUGCCUGUGUCUCCUGGUGUAUGCACAUCAGGCUUCUCUAGAGCAGCGGUGGGAUAGACCACUUACACGUGUGUGUAGACAGGACACGUGUUUGGCUGCACCUGGAACGGUGUGUGGGUUUUGUCUGCUGACCCACCUGCCAGGAGUCUUCUGUGUGAGAUGUGGUGGUGUGUUUGUGUGGCACGUUCUCCACGUGUCGCCAUCUGUGUGAAGGGCAGAGCUUUCUUCCUGUAAAUAGCUUUUGAUAUUCACUUGUGUAGACUCCCAAUGUAUCUUUGGAAAAUGGAUCAAAGUUUCUGUUUUGUCAUUUGGUCUAAAUACCCAAAUAACUAGUCAGAAAUCCACUUUGGUACAGCUGAGAUUUUCUUUUUCUUCUAAACGAAAAGAAUCUGGGAAGAACCAUAUUUUAAUGACGUUUUAUAUCAAUGUUGCUUUAGUCCUUUGGAAUUGCCUAGCCGUUUCCCCAAACCUACAAGAGAACGUGCCUGCGGUCUCUCCUGAAUCCCUCUGGGCUUAGACACAAGCUCACGUCCUGGCUUUGCCUCUCGGGGUGGUCUGCCUGUGUCAUUUUUCCUCUUGGGGCCUUUGUCUGUGGACCAGGAGGUUAGACCAGAUCAUCUGGGAAGUCCCUUUCUGUCCUACAACCACAUUUCGUUUUUACUUUUCAGCGAUUACAACCAGAAUCAGGCCUGAACUGUGGCCAUCAGAAGUUGGGGUGUCUGAGUCUGUCAUUGUUAGGCUAUACCCUGUUUCUGUUCCUGGUCUGUUUUCUUUGGUAAUCCCAUUUCCCCCACUUUGGCGCUCACAGCUCUUAAGUCUGUGAGGCCUUUGUGACUGUCCCUCUCCCAAGCAAAAGCAAGCAGUAGUCCAUUUGUGACACCCUCUUGGAAAAGUCUCAGAUCGACCUUCAGCUCAGUCUAACAUGAACAAUGCUUUAAAAUCCCGAUUCCCCUGAGGAGAGCCCCGAUCCCCUGAUAAGUGCGGACAAAGCUGUCUGUCCUAGAAAGUCUGUCUUUAGAGCCUGUGAGGAGUUGCCAGGAGACCUGGGCAAAACAGACAAUCGGGUUAGAUACAUGUGCUUCUUCCUGUUAGGUAAACACUCCAGAUGACAGACAAGGCCCGUGUUGUUAAGUUGUUGAAUAGGACCUCCUUGCUGAUGCCACCAGGGUUUCCUCUUGUCCGACUUAGUGUUUCAUUGGUGUAAUAAAGACCACAACCAAAGCACUUUGGGGAGGAAAGGGUUCGUUUCCUCUUAUAACUUACAGUCCACCAUGAAGAAAGGGCAGGGCAGGAACUCAAGGCAAGAACCUAAAGGCAAGUGCCGAGACAGAGGCCAUGGAGGGGUGCUGCUCACUGGCUUGCUCCCCAUGGCUUGCUCAGCCUGCUUUCUUAUACAACCCAAGACAACCUGCCUCAGGGUGGCCCCACCCACAGUAGGCUGGGCCCUCCCACAAUCAUUAAUCAGGGAGAUGUCCCAUAUGCUUGCCCACAGGUUAAUCUUAAUGGAAACAUUUUCUCAAUCCAGGCUCCCUCUUCCCAGAUGACCUUAGCUUGGGUCAAAUUAACAAAAACAAACAAGACAAUCAGCACACCUACUCAAUAAAUCAUCAGAGUUUGUGGAAGAUUCUGUAGCCCUCUAGUGUGGUGGGAUUUGGCCAGUCCAUACUAAGAUUGUCCUGCACACUUAAAAUGUACACAGAAACUUGAAGGCUUCAACAAACAGUAUGACUAUCUUAUCAUGUGGUUUGCAAAUGAUGUGGGAUACAUUGAUUUAAUGUAAUGGUAACUUAAUAUUUAAAUUAGUUUCACUAGAUUGCCAUCUGUUCUUAGUGUGGCUACUGAAACAUUUGGUUCUGUGGCUAAUGUCCUUCCAUUAGUGCGCCACAGUGUGAGGUAGGCAGGAAAUCCCAUGUGUAAGAAGAAAAUUCUAGAGAGGCUCCAAAUCGAAGCAACACAUCGGGAACACCUGAGGUACUGAACAAGCAACAGAAACUACAAGAUUUUUCUGCAUAGGAAAAUACAUCUCCCCAGUUUAGAGACAAAAGUAGUGCAUCCCCAAUGGCCGUCCUUCAUACUCGCUUUGGCGAUGCCCUGUGGACCAGCACCUGUUUUCCCAGCAUCCUCAGGGUGCUGUGGGUGUUAGCUGUGGCAGGGGUUUGAGCACACUGCUUCCUCCUCAGGCUGCAUUCUCUUGUGGUUCCCCUCCCUGGGUGUCGUCUAGUCUGUUCACAGCUGGGCAUGUGGAAAGGCUUCGUGGCUCUCAGCGCUCCUCGGCUUGGAGGUUGAGCCUGACCUGUGUCCAUUUGCCCAACAGUGGUGUUGUUGGUUGCUGGAAGACCUGGUAUUUAUUUAUUUUGCACUAGUCACGGUUGGUGUGGAAAUUACUUCAAGUGUUUGGGAGAGUACUCGCCUAUGAUGGAAAGAGAUGGAUAAUUUAUUGCUUUGAUAGUUUUAAAUUAAAAGCUAUUCUCACAAACUCAGGUCCCUUUAUGACUCUUGUUUAUUUUUGCUUGAAAAAUGCCAAAUAAAUUGAUGAUGUCUGUGGUGAAUGGGGAACUCAAGACCAUGACUGAUUUCCUUUAACCAUGGCUUGCUGAUGUGACCAGGCAGCCUUGGUCCCCAUCCCCAGCAGAUGUCAGCACCUUGAAAGAAGGUUGGGAUGGUGGGGAUCCAGGAGGCUGACAUCUGGACUUUCCCUGUUGGUUAUCCAGACACACAGAAACCUCUGUGGCUUUGGCUCUCCAGUGGUAGUAGCAGAGUGAAUGUGUUACAUGGGGGAUUUAGCCUAUCUGACAAUACAUUUCUAUUGUGUAUAAGUUCCUUAUUGCUACUAUAGCACUUUGCCACAAAGUUGCUUUAAAAUAACACAUCCACUCUCUCAUCCUAUGCUAAAACCCUGGGGCAGGAAGAAUUCAUUCCUGUGGUUUCCUCUGGCAGAGUCCUGACAGCUUUGAUAUCAGCCAUGCUCACAUCUCCAUUGAGUGGAUCGCUUGCCUCGCUCCUAUAAGAACUCCAGGGUUGCAUUCACUCACUCUGCUGAUUUAGACCACUCCCACCUCAAAGUCCUUAACCUCAGUAUAUUCCUGUGACCAGGGAGCUGGAAACGGGAGGAUCAGGAGUUCAGAGUCCUCAGCGAUAUAGGCAGUUAGAGUCCAGCCUGGAUUACAAGAGACCCUGUGCAAACCAACAAAAACCUUUACUUUGAUCACAUCUACAAAUUCCUUUGGCCAUACCAGACAGCACAAUCAUAACGCACAGGUAUUAGAGUGUAGACAUUAGUAAUGUCUUUGGGGUUGGGGACACUGUUUUGCUUAGCACACAGGGUAUGGUACUGUUUGCAAAUAUAUCUCUGUGGCUCAAAGGUUUUAAAAGAACGAACCUAUGCAUUUUAAAAGUCUUAGUCAUUGCCUGACAUCAGUGGAAGGCCAUGGUUUUGGUGAGAGGAUGAGAAGAAAGAGUGGUUGGCACGGUGAGAUAUUAUUUAUGGUUCAGAGAAAAAUGCUUGCAAGCUGGCUGCUACUGCCUCACAGCAGAGUCUUCCCUUCUCAUCAUUCAACUAUAUGCUAUUGAUUCUUUAGCUCAACUUUUCCAAGGUAGUCAGUGACAGAAUUCAGUCGCCGUAGGAAAAUAUAAUAGGAAAAGGUGAAAUUUGUCUUUGCAGGUGGCCAAUCCUUUUAAAGGUGGGAUGGUAGGGAGGUAGCAUGUCAGGGAUGGGGCAUACAUCAUAUCCCUUUCACUGGACUUGCAUAAGUGUGACUUGAUCUCUCCUUGUAUGAUUCCUCAGAUGAGGUAUGAAAAACAUGAUAGUUUGGUGGACAUGGGACUCAUUAAACCAAAUGGUUCUUGCAGCCUAUGGGGGGUUUUGAGCCCUUGUUUUAGUCCAAGGUAUUUUUAAAAAUAAAUGUUGCACCACAAUUAAUGACUACUUUCCAAACAAACUUUCCUGGAGAUUUUCAUUCAGCCAACUGGCUUGUUAAUCUGUGCAUCCUACAAUAAACAAACAUCUACCAUG